CCUCUUUCGAUGCAGUCCUGAGAUCAAAGACAAGUGGCCACAGCUGCGGCAGUUGACGGAGGAUGAAAUGCGGAGCAGUCCGUACCUGCAGAAGUUGUCAGUACGGAUCCUGAGCGCGAUGGACCAUGUAGUAGACUCCCUGGAUGACCCAGACUAUCUGAUCCCUGAGCUUAAGAAGCUAGGACAGAUGCACGCUGACAUGACCAACCCCAUCAUACUGCCGGAAGAUCUCUGGGAAUCAUGA